CCUCAACAUUCCGCGCAGAAAGCGGGUGGGCGCGCAUUGGGUCUUGUUGAUUCCUCAACCGUUGGCCGAGCGUCGGAGCAAGGAUUCAGACAUGCGCGUGUUGGUGGCUAGGUUACCCCACGUUGGGAGGGGUGUAUAUCUAGCGCGGGGAGGCUCGUCAUCCCCUUCUUCUCUUCCUCUUUCUGCGACGAGAGCGACAUCGGGAGCGCACGCUACGCAGGGCCCACUGCUUCGAUUCACCGCAGCGAGAAAUUUUGCUACUACAGGAACCGCACGCUGUCCACCGUACGGCAAGAUGGCUUCCGAAGCACCAGAGGACGUACGCAAGUACCUGCAGCAGAGCCAUGACAGGAUCUUCGAGAACAACAAGAAGUGGGCCGAGGAGCAGAAGGCGAAGCACCCGGAGUUCUUCGAGAAGCUGAGCGCGGGACAGGCGCCAGAGUAUCUCUGGAUCGGCUGCUCCGACUCGCGCAUUCCCGCCGAAGCCAUUACGGGCCUCGAGGCCGGUGAGAUGUUCAUCCACCGCAACAUCGCGAACCUCGUCUGCGCAACCGACCUCAACGUCAUGUCCGUCGUCAACUACGCGGUGCGCCACCUGCACGUCAAGCACAUCAUCGUGUGCGGGCACUACGGCUGCGGCGGCGUCAAGGCCGCCAUGACGCCCAAGGACCUCGGCCUGCUGAACCCCUGGCUGCGCAACAUCCGCGACGUGUACCGUCUGCACGACGACGAGCUGAGCGCCAUCAAGGACGAGGCCAAGCGGUACGACAGGCUCGUCGAGCUCAACGUCGUUGAGCAGGCGAAGAAUAUCAUCAAGACAGCCGCCGUGCAGCAGCUGUACAAGGAGAAAGGUUACCCCAUUGUGCAUGGCUGGGUGUUUGGGUUCAACGAUGGGCGGUUGAAGGACUUGGAGAUUGACUUUGAGGGGCAGUUGAAGGAUAUCCAGAGGAUCUAUGAUCUGACUACUGACGCUCUGGAGGGGUCGUAGAGGGGCGGCGUGUAGAGUCGAGGCGUGAAAGGUGUUCAGGAGUGCGUUUGAGCGUUGAGGGUGGGCAGGUCGAUUGAUCGCGUAGACGGUUAGAUGUAUGUAUAGUGAGUAAGGAUGAGCUGAUAAACAUUAGAUCGAGUACAUUCACUUUUGUAUCGAGCACUACUUCCGUUGUGACGAGCUUGGCAAGACGACAUUGUCCGGUCGUCGGCAAUGUGCUUUCCCUAUGAAGAAUCUACCGUCAAAUCAAAAUUCACCUCG